CGGUAUCUCUGGCUACAAGUAGAUAUUAUGGAGCUACAGCUCAAAUUAAUACUGGGUUUGUCAAGCGUUGGUCUUAGGAGUAGGAAUACAAAAACAAGGUAUUAUCAGAGGGUCUUCAAAGCUCCGCGCAGUAUAGAGGUAGCUGACAAUGAGGGCGGAAGUAAUAGCUUUAAGCGUGAUAGUUUGUGCCUGUUUAGUCGAGUCGGUUCCGUUCCUAGAGCCGGCUGGAUACGUGGCGUCAUACCCGGAUUAUGGCUCCUCAGGGCAAAGCACUGGCGCAACAAACGACAAUGCGUACGAUCAGCAACCGAACGUAGCCGUGCCUCUUGCCGGCAACAAUGACUAUACGAACAGCUACGAAUCCAACAACGGCUACAAAUAUGCACAACCAAGUUAUGAAAACGUGGCGCAGCCCCGUGUUAACACUUGGCCAGCACAAUUGCAGCAACUUCCACAGCCUCCACAACUUCCACAGCCUCCACAACUGCCGCAGCUGCCACAACUGCCACCGACAGGGUCAUACUACCAGCAGAGUUACCAACAACCACAGCAGAGACCAGCCCCAAACAGCUACGCUUCUAGUUCUAGCUCUGAUAACUCUCAAGCGUACGAUAACUCUGGUCCUCAGAAGACGUACCAAGCUCCAACGCAAGCCUAUAUAGCACCAGCUCAAAAUUAUGAAUCCCAGAGCCAGUUUUACCAAGCGCCUGCUCAAAGCUACCAAUCAUACCAAGCACCAACAACAUACCAAACAAAUCAGAACUACCAGGUUCCAAGCCAGAACUAUCAAAAUCCAUCGUACUCCAGCAACCAGGUGCAGCCAACAUAUACACAGGCAAUAGCAUCUAACCAAGCCCAAGCGAAUAACUAUGUCCCAGUUCAGCCACAAUGGUACUCGGAACCAGUGUUGCCGCUGCCUACGCAUCCCGAAGGGCAUAACGUGCAACAAGUCGUUUCUCAUCCGCAAAUAAAAAAGAUCCUGCAAACCUCCGGCCACAAGGGGAGAUACCUUGUAGUCCUGCCGAACGGAACCAUCCAGCACGUAGACAACCUCGACACCGUGACAGCCAACCAUCCGAACUACGUGAUCGUGAACAAGAACGGCCAACGAGUGGGCAGUGCCCAUGCUCAAGCCCACGCUCACGCUGUGGCCAUAGAUACUAGACACGCGUCUGCCAACGCUGUAGCUAACGCCCAAUCGGGAUCCCAAGUAGGACCAGCUCCAGUGAUCCCCUCACGAACCCCUAACUCCACGUACUCCAAAAACACCACCAACCCCACCCACUCCACCAACCCCACCUACACCACCAACGACACCAGCUCCGGUAACCCCACCAACCCCAGCUACACUUCAGACACCAAAAACCCCGGCAACCCCAGCCACACCUCAGACACCAAAAAUCCCGGUAAUCCCAGCCACACCUCAAACACCAAAAACCUCGUCAACCCCAGCCACACCUCAAACACCAAAAACCCCAGCAACCCCAGCCACACCACAGACACCAAAAACCUCGUCAACCCCAGCCACACCUCAAACACCAAAAACCUCGUCAACCCCAGCCACACCUCAAACACCAAAAACCCCGGCAACCCCAGCCACACCUCAAACACCAAAAACCCCAGCGACCCCAGCCACACCACAGACACCAAAAACCUCCCACACCUCUAA